AAAAUUUUGUUUUAAGUUUUUACCUUUUUCAUUUUAUUGUAUAUAAAAUGCUAUAUAUAUGUAUAUAUAUGCUUUACUUUUAUAUUACAUUUUUAAAUGACAUAUAAUUUUUAUUGUUGUUAACCAAAUAUUUUAGCUGAACUCAGAUGUUAAAAUUAGCACAAUGUCUUCCUGCUAUUCUAAUAACAUUGUUGUUCAAGAUAAUCAUUUAAAAUGUAUCAGUUCACCUUCAAUAUUAAAAAAACAAAAUAUUCUUUCAAUAAAUAAUGUUCCAAAACGUAAAGUACAUUUUGAUCUCUUCAAUAAUUUAAAAUCGAUGCUAAUUCAUUUUGAUCAAACUGAUGAUAGAGAUAAAAUUCAGUAUAAUAAUCUUAUUUGUGAUAUUAGAGACACUGGAAAUGAUUUUAAGGAUUCUGAACUUGUAAAAUUACUGAAAGAUGCAAGACAUUGUGUGAAUAUUUUAAAUGAAAAUCUUACACUUUUUGUCAAAGUGGUCUUAAUACUAAAAUGGAAGGAUAGAGGUGAAGAAGUAGUGAAUGAAUAUAGUACAUUUGUAUUAGAUGUAUGCUCUGCCCAUAAUUACCACACUAAAUUUGCUAUAGAACAACUAGUAACUUGUUUCUCCCAAAUUGACAACACAGUUGUAGACCGUAUUAAUGGAAUACCUAAUGAAAGAGAAGAGAUUGGGUAUCAAAAUGUACAUAAAAUAAUAAAGGAUUUACUAAAAGCUAUUCCACUAGCAAAAGAAAUACUCAUUACAACUUUACAAAAGAAGUUUCCAUAUAAAAAAAGCAGUCCUGAAGUACAUUUACAUUAUGUGCACAACUUGUUGUUAAUUACUCAGUAUGAACCAUCUUUAAGAAGAAAUAUAUUGAAUUUAAUGAUUAAUAAAUUAGUUGAAAUUGAUGUACAUAUUCCAAAAGAAGAAUUAGAAAGAUUGGGGUCCUGUUCAAGUAAUGAAAUAGAAGAAAAUAUUUUUGCUAUGGAUGUUGAUGGAGAUUGUAUAUCAGCAAGUCCUGAAAUACAAGAAUCAGAAUCUUUUGUGUGUACAUUAGAUAUGUGUUUAAAGAGAAUAUUUGAUUACAUUAAAACAUUUUGUUAUGACAAAGAAGGAGUAUUAUUGUGGGAUAACACUAAGCUGUUGUAUCAAGAUCUUUUAUCAGUAUUUGAAAGUGAAAUUUUACCCACUUAUGCUAGUAGUCAUGUGCAAUAUAUUAUUUAUUACUUUUUGAGUUUUAAAUUUAUAUUAGCUGAAAAAUUUAGUUGUUGGUUAUGGAAAAAGUGCUGUGAUGUGUCUGCCCCAUCGACUAUUCGUCAAGCUGCUGCUGGAUAUUUGGCUAGCUUCAUGAGUAGAGCACCUUUUAUUUCUAUUAACGUAUUGAAAAAUACUGUUGGUGAUAUGUCUGUUUGGUGUAAUAAUUACAUAAACAGAGUUGAUAAAUCAGUAAAAGUUGUUAAUGAAGAACUUUUAAGAUGGCACGCUGUGUUCUAUUCUUUGUGUCAAUCAUUAUUUUAUAUAAUUUCAUUUCGACAUGAAGAUUUAAUGGAUAGUAAAAGAAAUUUGAAAUUUAUGGAAAACUUAAACUUAUCAAAUAUAGUUACUUCUCGACUGAGUCCUUUACGUGUAUGUUGUUCUAAAAUUUCAAUGCUAUUUGCACAAGUUACAAAAAUUUAUCAAUUAACAUACUGCUAUCCUGUUAUGGAUGACCAUGUUAGAAUUACUGAUGAAUCUAUUAAAGAUCAGUGGCUCUAUGCAUUUUUCCCCUUUGAACCAUAUGUUCUUCCCAGAUUAAAACACCUGUUUGGUUCUAAUUUAUAUAGAAGCAUUAAUAUAAAUAAAAAUCCAUACAUCUAUCAAGAAAGUUAUGAAAGAAAAGUUUCCUAUCAAGAAUGUAUGGAUAUUAGUCCUAGCAUGCUGAUAUCAUCCUGUUCACCUGGAAAUACGGAUUGGUUUGGAAAAUUGACAAAUCAGUAUCAUUUUAAUUGUUAAUUAUUGUUUAUAAAUUGUUAUUUUUUUUAGAAUAAAAUCUUAAGUUGAAA